AUACACAAGAUGAACAUGAAAUAAUACAGUUUCUAGAGAGUAGAGAGAGAAAAUAAACUAGAAAAAAUGGAAAGAAGUUUGCCGACGACGGCGACGGCCGGCAAUUACAGCCAUGAUCUUCAUCAUCAAGUUUCAUUCACAUCUCCAAUCAUAAAUCCAAUUAACGAAAUGGGUUUUGUUCAUUUUGAAGAUCAUCAUCAAACUCAUCAUGUUUUGACUUUCUUACCUAGUCUUGAUAACUCCACCGUCGGCGCCGGCGCCGGCGCAGUUGCUGCCGGAAUCACAUCCACUACUGGUAGUGGAUCAGUCAUGGCCGGGUUUAAUCAAAGUGACCCGAUUAAGGUUGGACAAGUGGAUCCAAACAAGACUAAUGUGGAGAGUUGUUCUAAUGCAAGUGAUGGAAGCAAUUCAUGGUGGAAGAGCUCUUCGUCUUCGGCUGCGGCGGAGAAAAACAAGAUGGUUAAAGUGAGGAGGAAAUUGCGAGAGCCGAGAUUUUGCUUCCAAACGAGAAGUGAAGUUGAUGUUCUUGAUGAUGGUUACAAAUGGAGGAAAUAUGGCCAGAAAGUUGUCAAGAACAGCCUUCAUCCUAGAAGUUAUUAUCGGUGUACACAUAACAAUUGUAGAGUGAAGAAAAGAGUUGAACGAUUGUCUGAGGAUUGUCGAAUGGUUAUAACAACGUAUGAAGGACGACAUAACCAUAUUCCAUGUGAUGAUUCAAAUUCAUCUGAAAACGAAUGUUUUACCUCGUUUUAGCUACCUAAUCUCAUCAUUAUUGAAUGCCCUUAUUAAUUAAUUAAAUUGUGUAAUUAAGUACAUGUAAUUUGUAUAAACAACUUCUUAAAAAAAGACAAAAUAUUCAUGUUCUAUAAGUUUUGCUUGUUGUUCUAAUUUAUUUAUUAAAUUUAAAUU